UAACCCGUGAACACUCGCAGGGCAGUUACCACCCAGCAGAGCCCUAGCUAGGGACCCGCUUGGCCAGCGACACAUUCCUUGGUGCCUUGUCUGCCGGUUCUUGAGGGAGAUCCUGAAGAGUUGGAAUUCAGAAGGAAUCCCCCAGACACAAGGCUCCACCAAGUCCCUGCCUCAACUGGGCAGGUUUUUCAACUUUCUCUGCUUAGAAUGUCAGGAGAGGCCACAGCCUUGGCCUACUAUGCUCCAAAAGAACAAGAAGGACUUACAGUUGUGAAGGUUGAAGAAGAGAAUUAUGUUUGGGGGCGGGACUUUGUCCUUCAGAGAAACCUCCAGAGUCAGGAGGUCUUCCGCCAGCGGUUCAGGCAGUUUGGUUACUCUGACUCUGCCGGACCCCGGGAGGCUCUGAGACAACUCCAAGAGCUUUGCUGUGGGUGGCUAAGACCAGAGACGCACACCAAGGAGCAGAUCCUGGAGCUGCUGGUGUUGGAGCAGUUCCUGGCCAUCCUGCCAGAGGAGCUACAGGCCUGGGUGCAGAGGCACCGGCCAGAGAAUGGAGAGGACGCUGUGACUCUGCUGGAGGAGCUGGAGAAAGAACUUGAUGAACCAAGGCAACAGGAUACAGUUGAUGGCCAAGAAAUGAUCUGGAAGGAAAUGACACCCAUGGGAGCACUGACAUCUCUGAGCAGCUUACCACAGCCUUUGGUGAACCAGUGCAAGAGCCAGACUCAGGAGCCUCAGGCUUUCUAUGAGAAAGUUUUAGAUAACAAGAUGGUGGGUGACAAAGUGUUGGCAGUAAAGCAAGAAAUUAUUGAACGUGUAACAUCAGCAGCUCUGAUAUCCCCAGGAAGGCUUCCUGGAGAAACUGCUUCAGGACAGGUAGUUGAAGCUUUGGGAGGUCUGGACAACACUGAGAAGCAGAAUGGAAGUGUUGGACAGAACACAGUGAAUCAGCUCUCUUCCCAGGAAACACUUGUCAGUCUGGCACCCUUCACCAAGAAAAUCCCCACGGAACAGAGCAUCUUUGAAUGUCAUGGAAGUGAAGGACAUCUCAGUCUGAACUCAAAUGAAAUUACAAGACUGAAAAUUCACUCCGGGGAGAAGCUCUAUGAAUGCUUUGACUGUGGAAAGGCCUUUUGCCAGAGCUCAAAGCUGAUUAGACAUCAGAGAAUUCAUACUGGAGAGAGACCUUAUGCAUGUACAGAAUGUGGCAAAGCUUUCAGCUUGAGCUCAGAUCUCGUUAGACAUCAGAGAAUUCACAGUGGUGAAAAACCUUAUGAAUGUUGUGAAUGUGGAAAAGCUUUCAGGGGCAGCUCAGAGCUCAUUAGGCAUCGGAGAAUUCACACUGGAGAGAAACCGUAUGAGUGUGGUGAAUGUGGGAAAGCCUUCAGCCGGAGUUCAGCCCUUAUUCAGCACAAGAAAAUUCAUACUGGAGAUAAAGCAUAUGAAUGUAUUGAAUGUGGCAAGGCUUUUGGGAGGAGCUCUAUCCUUAUUGAACAUCAAAGAAUUCACACUGGAGAGAAGCCUUAUGAAUGUAAUGAAUGUGGAAAAUCCUUUAAUCAGAGCUCAGCGCUCACCCAACACCAGAGAAUACACACUGGGGAGAAGCCUUAUGAAUGUAGUGAAUGUAGAAAAACAUUUAGGCAUAGGUCAGGCCUUAUGCAGCAUCAGAGAACACACACCAGAGUCUAACACCGUGGGUAAGAGUCAUGCAAUUGUGAAAUAUAAGAAAUUCACUUUAAGGUUAAGACUCAUAGAAGUUUCUCGAGAGCAGUUUCUGUUCUUCUAGCCCAGUUCAGUACGAUAAGAGGAGAUCCACACAACAUUAGGAUUGUUGAAUGGAAGAAUGAUAGGUAUUUCCUAGAACUGAUUUCAGGAUGAGGACUCUCACCAAUACCUCCUUCUCCCUACUUUCAAACCAAUACAGAUAUAAAUGCCAUUAGGUACCUUCACAGUAAGUCCAGAAUUGCAGCAGAUACUGAAAGAGCUCCUUAUAAUAUGGCAAGGAUCUUUGCCCAGCGAGGGCAUUUGUGCAUUUUGAGGUGGAGGCACAUGCUAAGUUGAAUUAUGUGGCAUGUGAAAUGUUGAAUUAUGGCCUUCAUCAGUUUAAUGGUGUCUAAGGCUGUUUAAUAUUAUCCAAGGAAUGGUGGCUCAUUCUGCCCCUUACAAAUUCUUCCUACAGCUUUGAGCUUCCUGCUGAAGUUGAUUCUGAUCUUAUGUGUUGAGUACCUGCUAUGUUUAGCCACUGGGGCCUUUAGUUAAAAGCUUAAGGCUUGCAAGCACAAGGUCUUGAAUUUGAUACCCGUACCAAAAAGAAAAAAGCUUAAGUGAUAUACCUGUUUACUAAAUAAGUAAUCACAGUGAAGUGCAGUAAGUGUUUUGCUAGGAUAAAUCCAGGCUUCUGUUGAAGUACACGGCAGGGAUAUCUUACAUGGUCUAUGAGUCACUAAAGAUUUCCCAGAUUACAUCAGUUAAGAACUAAAUUGUAGAAAGUUAGCCAGGUGAAAGGCACAGGGAAAGAGGCAGAGGUUAUAAAACAUACGUGGCAUAAAGCCAAGGGAGAUCUGGAAACAUCCCUUUGUCAGGAUUCCACUCUUAAUAGGAAUUCUCAUACUCUGGUUUAGAAGCCAAGAUGUGUUGGUUUCUCUUCCUAUUUAUAAUCGCUCUUACAGAUCAAGUGAGCUAUGAGGCUUCCCCAUGCUCAGAAUUAAUGUGGUAGAAGACUCUGGUGCAUUUUAUGGAAAUGGCAUUAUACGUAUGUCAAGGAAAAAGUACAUAUUGGAGGCUGGUGGCAGAGUGGGUGAUGGAGUGUUUGUAUCCCAUCAUUCUGGGGCUCAAGAAAUUCUCCCUUUCCAGGCCCCACUAUUUCCCAUUCUCUGACCCUUUUUCUCAGCACCAGGUUCACUUGUAAGCCACUUGAGGGCAAUAAACAUUUGUUGGGCCUAAUCCCUCAAAACUGUACUUCCCUAAUUUUUGUUUUGGCAGUUUUAAUUAACCCGUGAUUCUUGAAGACAAUUCCUGUUAAGAGUAAUGUUUGAAAACUUGCUAAUCAUAGUUAUUGUGGGUAACGGGAGGUACAAUUAAGGAGGCUUUGUGUCCAAAAGGUGCAAUUGAGGAGUCUGUGUGUCCAAAGAUUGUGCAAAUUAUCACUGAGCAAAAUCAAUCCUAAAUUUAAAGGGAUCCUUAAUGAUUUAAUGUUCUUACUGCCUGGGAACUAAUUGAGAAUGCUGAUAAUACAAAAAGUAUAAAUAACCACAAUCCCAUUAUCCAUAGGAACAGUUAACAUUUUGGAGUACUUCCUAUUAGUAUUUUUUUCCUUUAAUCCUAGUAUGUUUGGUAAAAAUCUUGCCUAGUAAAUAAUUUUUGGUAACUGAUUUUAACAUUUAUGUUGAAUACACACUUCAACUGGUCAAUAUCAGAAAGUAAUGUAAGAUGUAAUAAAACGAGUUUUAAAAGUU